CGCGCGCGCGGCGCUGUGCUGCCAUCUAGCGGCGAGUGGCGUCCAGACCGCGGCCGCGCGCACUAGGACCCCGACGGAGACGCGCAGAGGUAAACAUGGCGGACAGAGACGCGUCUCCAGCGGCUCACGCGCACAGUGUUUACGAGGAGCUGCUGAGUCCAUCAGAGCUGUUCGAGGCGAGGUCCCGGAGCCACAAGAUCCCGCUGAGGGGCCAGAAGGACUUCCUGCCCAGCGGCUCGGAGCAGCAGAGGGCCCGUCUGGAGCAGAGUCUGGACGAGCACUGGACGCUCCUGGCCGAGGAGAGAGUCGAGAGGCUAGGGAAUCUAGUGAAAGCUGUCUGGAUCCCCGCCGAACGCCUCGUGGAGCUGCAGUCGCCGGCGGGGAAGUUUUGGCAGACAAUGGGGUUUUCAGAAAGAGGCAAGCAGUACCUUCUUCCCGAAGAGGCUCUUUACCUCAUGGAGUGUGGCAGCGUGCAGGUGUUUUACCGGGACCUCCCUUUAUCCAUUCAGGAGGGAUACGAGCUCUUCCUCUCUCACGGGACUGUGACCCUUCACCAGUAUCAGGUUUUUGGACAUUUGAAAAGGCUGGGGUAUGUUGUGAACAGGUUUGACCCCAGUUCAGUCCCGUCCACGUAUGAGAGACAGCUGAAUCUGCCGGCAUCAUCGCUGGACAAACAGAGAAACCAGCUGAAGAGGAAGCGCUCUCCGAGUCCUGCGUCCAGUGACAAACAGAACCCGUCACCGGAGGAACAGACGACAGCCGAAGACCGAGGUGAGGAGCUAGCGAGGAGCGGUGAGUCUUCGGAGAAGCCCGUGCAGUGCCCCGACGCCUCUGACAGGACGUGGUGGACGGAGGACGAUGUCCAGCCGCGUCCCGCUCGAGCCCGAAGCGCGGCUCCUCGCUGGGACUUCGGCAGCAUCUCUUUCCCGGACCUGGGCGCUCGCCGGAGCCGCCCCGUGUCUCUGGCGUCUCCAGACCCCAGCCUGCUGCCCGGGGCGCUGGAGGUGGGCGGCUGCGACGUGACCCCGUGGCUCGGCAGACUCAACGUGAAGCAGGAGAAGCUGUCGCGGCGGGACAGGGAGCGCCAGAGAGACAGGGAGCGCUAUCACAGGGACGUUAACAGUGACCGAGAGGUAAGGCACUGCAGGGACUGGGCCGAGUAUUUGCAGCUGCUGGAGGACAGGAGGAGACGGAGACGGAAAGACAGACCCGCGCAUCUGUGGGAGCAGGAGGUGACGCCCCUCACUCAGCCCGGCCAGUGCAGCUCACACCGUGAACUGUUGAACCACAUCAACAUUAUCAAGUCCUCGAGCUGGUCUGAAGGGGCUUCCAGCCUGUCCCCGUCGGACCAGUGGAAGAUUAGUUUCGAUGUUUACCAACCGGACACGGUGGCAGAGUUUAAAAAGAGCCUCCCUGGGAAGCCUUACACACGCAUGUGUGUCUGCAGUUUUGACGGUCCGGUGCCUGAUCUGAAUGCCACGAAGCAGCUGUCCUUCCAAAGCGGAGAUGUCCCGGUCACGUUUGCGGUGGUGGAUCACGGCGACAUCUCCUUUUACUGCUUCAAGGAAUUCAAACUGCCCACUGACGCGUAUUAAAGGAGGAUUUGUAAAACUGUGCCGAAAUCAUCUCAGGGUGCCGCUGGGAUGGUUCAGCCGGCGGUGAAAGUUCUGGCGUCAUCCGCUCUUCGUCGCAUUGUUUCAAGAACGUCGGUUACCAGAUAUUUUCUGUUCGCAUUGACUUGGGUUUUAUUCUGGAAACGGGAACCGAAGCCAUUUGGUUGGCAAGAUUCCCAGCAUUAUCCAAAAAACAUUUGUUCCGCUAAAAAAUGAAAUUCAAAUAGUUUUGGAAUAACACAAUGGCGAGAAAAAGAUGACUGGAUGUUCAUUUUUAGGUGAACUGUUCCUUUAAGUUGCUUUUAAUAGAAAACCGUUAAGAACGCGUCGUGUGUAAGUUACGCCCAAACAACUAACACCGUAUUUGUUUGCCACUUAUUUGUAUUUUCUUCAGAAUAUAUCUUCCGGUUUGAUUUAAUGUCAUGUUGAGCUAGUUAGCAAGCUCUCAGGGUAACUCGGUUUGAGUUUUGUACACUAUUUCCGUACUCCAUAUCGGUGGUUUUCCGAGAUUGACGAUGGUUAUUCAGUUCUGCGGGGAAUGGGAACGCUAGAGCUAAGGCGAGCUCAUCUAAGGGUUGAACGAAAGCGAUAACUCAAUAAAAGAAUCCAUUUCA